AUGGAUCAAACCCCGGCUCGGUCCUGCGCCCGCAUCACAAUUGAAAUGUUUGAGCGCAUUCGCCGGCUUCCUCCGCGGGCGUGUGGAAUUGAGGGUGGUGGGACACGCAGGCGCAGUGGGUCCCGGUCGCGGGAGGUGGCAUUUCGGAGAGGCCCCUGGGCUUCAGUGCGCAGGCGCAGACCGGGCGAGGCCUCCCUCCUGGUGGCUGGCUGCUGCGGCUGCGCUGUCCCCUGGCCCCGCCAACGGCCCCCUGGAUCACUGGUUACAUCAGCCAUCCAGGAGCAGGGUUACGGGGCGAUUGGGGACCAGGCAGAGUCGGUAACUCUGAAUGGGGGACAGAGCACAGGAAAGGGACCCCCACAGUCACCGGUUUUUGAAGGUGUCUACAACAAUUCCAGAAUGUUGCAUUUCCUUACAGCAGUUGUGGGCUCUACUUGUGAUGUCAAGGUGAAAAACGGCACCACCUAUGAAGGCAUCUUCAAGACGCUGAGCUCCAAGUUUGAACUAGCAGUCGAUGCCGUGCACCGGAAAGCAUCUGAGCCAGCAGGUGGCCCUCGGCGGGAAGACAUCGUGGACACCAUGGUGUUUAAGCCAAGUGAUGUCAUGCUAGUCCAUUUUCGAAAUGUUGACUUCAAUUAUGCUACUAAAGACAAAUUCACUGACUCUGCCAUCGCCAUGAGCUCCAAGGUGAACGGAGAGCAUAAAGAGAAGGUGCUGCAGCGCUGGGAGGGGGGCGACAGCAACAGCGAUGACUACGACCUGGAGUCUGACAUGUCCAAUGGAUGGGACCCCAAUGAGAUGUUCAAGUUCAAUGAAGAAAACUAUGGUGUAAAGACCACCUAUGAUAGCAGUCUCUCCUCCUACACGGUGCCUUUAGAGAAGGACAACUCAGAAGAGUUUCGCCAGCGGGAACUCCGAGCCGCCCAGCUAGCCCGAGAGAUUGAAUCGAGCCCCCAGUACCGCCUGCGGAUCGCCAUGGAGAACGAUGAUGGGCGCACUGAGGAGGAGAAGCACAGUGCGGUCCAGCGGCAGAGCCCGGGCCGGGAGAGCCCCAGCCUGGCAUCUAGGGAAGGCAAAUACAUCCCUCUGCCCCAGCGAGUCCGGGAAGGUCCCCGGGGAGGUGUUCGAUGUAGCAGUUCCCGGGGUGGCCGGCCUGGCCUUAGCUCUUUGCCACCUCGUGGUCCUCACCAUCUUGACAACAGCAGCCCUGGGCCAGGCUCUGAGGCGAGGGGAAUCAAUGGAGGCCCUUCCCGAAUGUCCCCAAAGGCACAGCGGCCUCUGAGAGGGGCCAAGACUCUGUCUUCACCCAGCAGUCGGCCUCCUGGAGAAGCUUCUGUUCCACCUCCUCCUGCAGUGGGCCGGAUGUACCCCCCUCGCUCUCCCAAAUCUGCCACCCCUGCUCCAGUCUCAGCUUCCUGUCCUGAGCCUCCCAUUGGCUCGGCAGUGCCAACUUCUUCAGCUCCCGCCCCCGUGACAUCAUCGGUGGUGGAUCCUGGAGUGGGCUCCAUUUCCCCAGCUUCUCCAAAGAUCACUCUGGCCCCAGCAGAUGUGAAAGAACUCCCGACCAAGGAACCUGGGAGAAAUCUUGAGCCCCAGGAGCUGGCCCGGAUAGCUGGGAAAGUCCCUGGCCUGCAGAAUGAACAAAAACGAUUCCAACUGGAAGAACUGAGGAAGUUUGGGGCCCAGUUUAAGCUGCAGUCCAGUAGCUCCCCUGAGACAAGUCUGGAUCCCUUUCCUUCCCGGAUCAUAAAAGAAGAGGCCAAGGGGAAGGAGAAGGAGAUGGAUGGCCUCUUGGCUUCAGAACCCAUGGGGUCCCCAGUCCCCUCCAAGAUAGACUCAGUGUCAGAUAAAGAGGAGAAACCACCCCUGCCCCCUGCAGGAGGCCCCGAGGGACCGGAGCAUCCCCUACCAUCUUGUUCGAGCCAGACAGGCAGCCCCCCAGUGGGCCUCAUCAAGGGUGACGACAAGGACGAGGGCCCUGUUGCUGAACAAGUAAAGAAGUCGACACUGAACCCUAAUGCCAAGGAGUUCAACCCAGCAAAACCUCUGCUCUCUGUGAAUAAAUCCACCAGUACCCCAACCUCCCCGGGCCCCCGAACCCAUUCAACUCCUUCCAUCCCGGUGCUGACCACAGGCCAGAGUGGCUUAUAUAGCCCCCAGUACAUCUCCUACAUACCUCAGAUCCACAUGGGGCCAGCCGUGCAGGCACCUCAGAUGUAUCCAUAUCCUGUGUCCAACUCUGUGCCUGGGCAGCAGGGCAAGUACCGGGGCGCCAAAGGCUCCCUGCCCCCCCAGCGCUCGGACCAGCAUCAGCCCGCCUCAGCCCCGCCGAUGAUGCAGGCCGCAGCUGCUGCCGGCCCACCUCUGGUGGCCGCCACACCCUACUCUUCCUAUAUCCCCUACAACCCACAGCAGUUCCCAGGCCAGCCGGCCAUGAUGCAACCCAUGGCUCAUUACCCCUCCCAGCCAGUGUUUGCCCCCAUGCUUCAAAGCAGCCCACGCAUGCUGACGUCUGGGAGCCAUGCCCAGGCCAUCGUGUCGUCGUCCACCCCACAGUACCCUUCUGCGGAGCAGCCCACCCCCCAAGCCCUUUACGCCACUGUCCACCAGUCCUACCCACACCAUGCCACGCAGCUCCACGCCCACCAGCCACAGCCGGCCACCACGCCUACCGGGAGCCAACCACAGUCCCAGCACGCGGCCCCGAGUCCCGUCCAGCACCAGGCGGGACAGGCUCCACACCUGGGCAGUGGACAGCCACAGCAGAAUCUGUACCACCCAGGCGCCCUAACAGGCACGCCUCCUUCUCUGCCACCGGGACCUUCCGCCCAGUCCCCUCAGAGCAGCUUCCCCCAGCCAGCCGCUGUGUAUGCCAUCCAUGCCCACCAGCAGCUGCCCCACGGCUUCACCAACAUGGCCCAUGUCACCCAGGCCCAUGUCCAAACUGGAAUCACAGCAGCUCCGCCCCCUCACCCUGGGGCUCCCCACCCACCCCAGGUGAUGCUGCUGCACCCACCCCAGAGUCAUGGGGGGCCCCCCCAAGGCGCGGUGCCCCAGAGUGGGGUGCCUACACUCUCAGCUUCCACACCCUCACCCUACCCCUACAUCGGACACCCCCAAGCUCUCAGUGACCCCGACUGCCUCCUGACUUAGCCGAGUUCAAUCUCAUCCCUCCCAGCAGCUCCCCUUCCACCCCCCGGGGAACUGAAGAUUGUCCUGGCAGCGACCUGAGACCUCCAUGAGGAGGGAAGAGUGAUCUAUGUCUCUUCCCCCAGCAGCUCGGACCAGUCCCAGCCCCUGACCCCCUCCCCCUCUCCCCGCAGGGAAGCUGGGGAACGCCUGGCAAGCACCUUGAAUGGGAGGGGCCUCAAAGUGGGCAGGGGCAGGGUCCAGUUGGGUGGGUGGGGUUCCUGCUCUGGCUUUGCCUGUUCCCACCCCAUCUUGCCCUUCCAUCCUCUCAUCGCGCCCCUGCUGGAGACAGAAGAUCUUUUAUUUUCUAUUAUUUAUAACCUCAAGACUUGGGCCCCCUGUUCUUCCCCCAUUAUCGAGUGACCUGCGUGAAAGACAGACAGAUGCCCCACAGGAUGGUUGGACAAGGACUUUUACUUUUUAUUACAUAAAAAUAUUUAAAAAAAUAAUAAAAAAAUAAAAUUUUAAACUAACUUAA